GACUAAGCAGAGAGCCGGGAUGGGUCGCCUCCUCCCCCCCACUACCACCCAGUACAUGUGCACUUGGACUUCCGCGUUAUGGCAUUAGCACUCCGGAGCAGAGGCCUGGGGACACCAGUGCGGCUGUACACACGGUACCGGGGCAGCAGCUAUCCCGUGCCCGCUCACAUCAGCGCCCCGAUCCCGCCAUUACAGACAGGCUGCUUAGUCCCCGGCAGAAGUCUGCAGAGCGGUACCGCAUCCCUUUUCCUGUCAGUACACAUCAGCUGCACGGGCUCCCUGAGGAGAGGGCUCCUUCUACCCCGGAGAUCUGUACCGAGCCCGAGCCGCGUCAGCUUCACCAUGUCCCGGCCCCACAAUACUCCUGAAGGCGCUGUAGACUCCAGUACAGUGUGCGGGACUCACCCGAAGCGGCGCCCUCACUGCUUCGACUAUCUGGUGAUCGGCGGAGGCUCCGGGGGUCUGGCCAGUGCCCGCAGGGCAGCGGAACUGGGAGCCAGGGCAGCCGUGGUGGAGAGCAACAAGCUGGGGGGAACCUGUGUUAAUGUUGGAUGUGUGCCAAAAAAGAUUAUGUGGAAUACAGCAAUUCAUUCUGAAUAUAUACAUGACCAUGAAGACUAUGGAUUUCAGACUCCAGAUGUGAAGUUUACUUGGAAAGUUAUAAAAGACAAAAGAGAUGCGUACGUGAGUCGCCUCAAUGACAUCUAUCAAAAUAACCUUAAUAAGGCUCAGAUAGAAAUUAUCAGAGGUCAUGCAACUUUUACAUCUGAUCCAGAACCAACACUGGAAGUGAAUGGUCGAAAAUACACUGCCCCACAUAUUCUCGUUGCUACAGGGGGCAAACCUACAAUACCAUCAGACACAGAGGUUCCAGGAGCCAGUUUGGGAAUCACAAGUGAUGGCUUUUUUGAGCUUGAAGAGUUACCCAGGCGGAGCGUUAUUGUUGGUGCUGGUUAUAUUGCAGUUGAGAUCGCUGGGAUCCUUUCAGCUUUGGGAUCAAGAGCCGCAUUGUUGAUCCGUCAAGAUAAGGUGCUAAGGACGUUCGAUUCCAUGAUUAGUGCAAAUUGCACCGAAGAGCUGGAAAAUGCAGGUGUUGAUGUCUGGAAAAAUGCAGAGGUAAAGUCUGUUACCAAGACAAGUACAGGUCUUGACAUCAAUGUGGAGUGCUCUAUGCCAGGACACAAACCAACAGUGAGGACUAUCCAGGAUGUCGACUGCUUGCUGUGGGCUAUUGGAAGAGACCCUAACACAGAGGGUCUGAACUUAGAGAAACUGGGUCUUGAAUUAGAUGAGAAAGGCCAUAUUGUAGUAGAUGAGUUCCAGAACACCAGCCGGAAAGGAAUUUAUGCUGUAGGUGAUGUGUGUGGUAGAGCACUUUUGACACCAGUUGCCAUCGCAGCAGGAAGAAGACUGGCCCAGAGAUUGUUUGAAGGGCAGGAGGAUUCCAAGCUUGACUAUAACAACAUUCCAACAGUGGUCUUCAGCCAUCCUCCAAUCGGAACUGUAGGGCUUACAGAAGAGGAAGCAGUUAAAGCCAAGGGUCGGGAAAAUGUAAAGAUUUAUUCCACAUCUUUUUCACCAAUGUACCAUGCCGUAACAAGAAGAAAAACAAAGUGUGUAAUGAAGCUGGUCUGCGUUGACAAAGAGGAAAAGGUUGUAGGGCUGCACAUGCAAGGACUGGGAUGUGAUGAGAUGUUGCAAGGAUUUGCUGUUGCUAUUAAAAUGGGAGCCACUAAAAAAGACUUUGAUAACACUGUUGCAAUUCACCCAACUUCUUCAGAGGAACUGGUCACAUUACGUUGAACUCAUUUAUGCCUUAAACAAGAAUAGCAGUUUACUAGAGCAUUAUUUUAUCUACUGGAAGAUGAAUUCCACACAUGCACUCCAUCCUGAUUUAGAAACUUCUCUUGCUUUUCUGUUUUAGUCCUUUUUAAAGGGGCUGUCCAAUGAAAGAUAAUCUACUGGAUAGGGAAUAAGUGUCUGAUCUCCUAGGGAGGGGAGGUGGUCCGACCGCUGUGACCCCCUGCAAUCUCCUGAACAGGACCUUGACUCUCUGAAAGAAGCGCGUGCUCCAUUCAUUUCCAUAGGAGUGCCGAAGAUGCCAGAGUACAGCACUUGGGUCUCUUCGGCGCUCCAAUAAAAAUGAAUGGAGCAUGUGCUGUCAGCAGCACACCUUACUCUAAGAGAGCCAGGGUCCCAUUCAUCAGUCAGACCCCUCAUGAUCUGACACUUAUCCCCUAUCCUGUGCACUGGACAACCCCUUUAAGCUGAUCACAAGAACUCUAAUAUACAUUUAAAGUGCCUUUUAAUAAACUCUUAUAAUAUUAUAGCAUUACAAUUUCAAUAAAAUCAACCGUGUUAUUAUAGCAUUACAAUUUCAACAAAAUCAACCGUGUUAUUGCUGAUAAAAUAAAUUGUGCAUAUGUUGGUAGUUCAUGUUUUCUUCUGUGUUUUGUAAAUCUGCAGCAUGUAUCUGAAGAGUAUAUCAUAUAGAUAUUUGUGAUUAAGGGUACUCUCGUGGUAGUCCUUUGUGGUAAUGCUAAAGUUUCUGACUCACUAGGGCCAACAUUAUGAACUGUCAAGAUUAAUGCAAGCGAGAGAGAAAUGUUUUUCACCUAGACUGGGUCCAGUCGCAGUAUAUGUAUACAAGCUAAGGAGAUAGGGUUCUCAAAACUUCAAAGGGGUUAUCACUUGCUCCCAGUGAUCCACUUUCACCUACUUAUGUGGUAAAAAUGCAGCAAAUAUUCAGCCUGGAUGUUUUUCUGUCCAAUGCCUAGGAUGAAACCUGCAACAAAAUCUACAUGCGACACAUACACGUUUUACUGCAGAUCCGUGGCAAAAUCUGUGAUGCCUUUGUUUUUACCUGGCCUCAAUGUAAUAUUUUUCUAUGACAAUCCUGCUUUAAAGGGGUAUUCCAGGAUUUUUUUUAUUUGACUAUGUUACAGGGGCUGUAAAGUUAGUGUAGUUCAUAAUAUAGUGUCUGUACCUGUGUGUGAUGGUUUUCUCACAAUUCUUCUGUGAUUAUAACCCAAAUUUUAUUUUUACCAGCAUACAAAAUGACUGGUAUCUCGGAUUUUUCCCAGCUUGCAAUGCGGCCGAGACCUGACUCACUAAUCAGCUGAUGACAGGGAGCCUGUCUGCUUCAAUGGGUGGAGGGAUCAAUCUGCAACUAAUGCAACAGCUGGAGGCACCCUGAUUGAAGACCACAGGGCUUUUGAUGGAUGCAGCUCAUUUAUGUUUCAAUGGGUGGAGUGGCUGAUGUGUGGGAGGGAGGAAAAUGGAAUUAUGGAUUUGUAGUUAAAAAAAAAAAAAAAAAAAAAAAUAAGGAAAUACCAGUUCACAAAAAGCUAGCCACAGUAUUAUGGUAAUCUUUCAACAUAGCCAUUAAGCCCCAAGACAAGCGCAGAUCCUUCUUAAGCAUGUCCAUUACUUUCUGCCAGGUACGUACUAAAAUCACCUUAUAGUGGAUAACCCCUUUAAGCAUGUAUCCAUUAGAAGUGGAUCCUCUGGAGGGUGCAGAUAUGCUCACAAAUUGCAGUCUCUCUUUACUUGCACAAAAUAUUAUCUAAGACCUGCCCCCACUUACUGUGUUCUGUCCUGGUCUGUCUGUUACUUAAGAUGAACUGCAUUCUCAUUUUAUGCAGCA